CCCAUAUGUUUGGCGACUGAAGCCUGCCACUUACCCAGAAUCCUAUGCGCGACUAGAAUGAGGGAAGAUGGCAGCGAACCCUGUCACAAACACACCUCUUUUUGACUGUCCAACAUGGGCAGGCAAGCCACCCCAAGGCCUGCAUUUGGACGUAGUGAAAGGAGACAAGCUAGUCGAGAAGCUGAUCAUAGACGAGAAGAAGUACUACCUGUUUGGGAGGAAUCCGGACGCCUGUGACUUCACGAUAGACCACCAGUCCUGCUCUCGCGUCCACGCCGCACUCGUGUACCACAGGCACCUGAAGAGGGUGUUCCUCAUCGACCUGAACAGCACUCAUGGCACCUUCCUGGGGCGCAUUCGGCUGGAGCCUCACAAGCCGCAGCAGGUGCCUAUCGACUCCACCAUGUCGUUCGGGGCGUCCACGCGGGUGUACACCCUGCGAGAGAAGCCCCAGAGCCAGCCCAGCGCCGCCGCCGGCGACAGCAAGGCCGGGGACGACGAGGAGCUCAAAGGCCUGCUGGGACUGCCUGAGGAGGAGACGGAGCUGGAGAACCUGACAGAGUUCAACACGGCGCACAACAAGCGCAUCUCCACCCUGACCAUCGAGGAGGGAAACCUGGACAUCCAGAGGCCCAAACGCAAGAGGAGGAGCUCACGAGUCAGCUUCAGCGAUGAGGAGGAGAUUAUCAACCCGGAGGAUGUGGAUCCGUCUGUAGGCCGCUUCAGGAACAUGGUUCAGACAGCAGUUGUUCCCAUGAAGAAGAAGAAGGUGGAGGUUCACGGCACUCUCAGUCUGGAGGACGCGGCGGCCCGGCGGACACAGAACAUUUCCUUCGGGGGUGGCCUUUACGGAGACCUGCCCCCCACCAGCCAGGAGGCCGGCUCCCACCCCUCCGCGGCCCAGGGAGGAGCAGCCAUCCUGGGCUCGCUGCCCCUGCCCUUCCCCAACCCCGCCCCGGAGGUGGACCUGACCCCCACCUCCACCCAGCCCCCUGUCACCCUCACGCCCGCCCCCGCGCCCGGACCCUACGCCCCCAACGAGGCCCUCAACGAACCUCGCAAGAAGAAGUACGCCAAGGAGGCGUGGCCAGGCAAAAAGCCCACCCCCUCCCUGCUCAUUUAGCUGCCCAGACUGCACGGGGGUGUGGCUGUUUUUCUGACACUAGGCACGCGGAUUCGGAAAGACAUGGUAUAGUCGUGGACAAACAACUGUUGUUAGUUUUUGUUUGUCUGUUUGUUUGUUUGUUCGUUUGUGUGAGUCUCCUUGUAGCCCCUAUUGAUCGGGGGCACUAGGGUCCUGCUGUUUGGGGUGAGCAUGAGCAGUAGGGCCUGUUUCAGAUUUUUCGCCCCGGGACCUGGCGGGCUGAGGUCCGGCAUGUGGGAUGGGUGCGCUGAAUGGAGCCCUGCUUUUAUGCACAAGCCUGGUUAGUCUGCUCUGCGUCGACGGCUGAAUCUUUCACCAUUUUCCCGUUUCUCUGACCAGUCUCACACAGCCCCAUGGAUGAAAGGAAUACACAAGACUUUAAAAAAAGCACAGGAUCUGACACUUAACAGCCCUGGAUGUUUUCUAGCUGAACCUGGUAAUUGUAGGAUGUUUGUUUGUUGAAGUUUGCACAGACUGAUUUAUUGAAGGAAGCCUGUUCUGUAGCACUGCUGUUUAUUUGAGGGCAGAUGAUGCCCUGUCCUUCGGUUGGGGUGUUCUGGAGAUCCCUCCCCACAGACCUGGGGCUCCUCACUGACAGCAGAGAGAAUUGUUGGUACUCUCUGAAAUCAAGCUGCUUUGGAAGGGGCAGCUAUGUUUAUAAUUCAUAGUAAUUAAUAAAUAAUCAUUUAUUUAGCAGACACUUUUAUCCAAAGUGACUAACAGUUGAGUGGGGGACAAUCACCCCUGGAGCAAUGCAGGGUUAAGGGCCCAGUAACUGUGCGGUGCUUAGACCACCAACCUUCCAGGUCCCAGUCAUGUACCUUAAUCACUAGGCUACAGGCUGCCCCUAUUUGUUUGAGAGAUAGAUGGUGUUUUUAUAUUUAUAUUUAUAUUUUAUAACCUAGGCCGUUUCAAAUCGGAAGUGACAUCACCUUAAGAACGAAUGCGCGCUACGAGGGGGUACAGGAGGCAUUUGUUUCGAUGCUUGCGUAAGCACAAAUGUGUUUGUGGUGAAGAUGUGAGUUUUCUGAAUCCACAAAGUGGUUUUCUGAAAAGGCGGUCGCUGUUGACUACAUGUUGUCUUGUAUAAAAUAAAAGAUGGGGUCAGUGCAGGAAAAGUGAUGCUGGCGGAGGUUCCAGUUUUCUGUGCUUUAUCCAACCUGGGACCAAAAGGCAAUUUUCACUGAAUUUUCUCACAUUUAACCCUUCGAAGUGUAGCCUUUUUGGAAUUGUUUGUUGUUGGUUUUCAUUGCUUUCAGUUACUGGUUAUGAGUGAUACAUCAGCAUUAGAAUGUUCCGUUAAUAACACUGUAAUUGCCUAUUUGUGAUUUUACAACUUAAAGGGAUAAAUUGUCUGCAUGUUAUUUGACCGUCGGGGGUGCACAGCAAAGCCUUACGACCACAGCCAUUUAGAGAAUUCUUGAACUGGAAAAUGAUCUCGACCUGUUACACACACUUUUGUGUUGUUCAAUAUCUUCACAUGCUGUUGGUGGCUAUGUGUUUUGUGUGUUCAAAGGUUUUCCUUGAGUGAAACAGUUAUACUAUCAUAGAAUGUUUCCUCAACGAUCUGUGUUCACAGCCUUAAACAGCGUUGAACACAAAAAUGUGCAACACGUCUUGCAAAAUAUGAGAAUUCACAAUUUGGCAGACACAAUGCCUGUUGUGUUGUGUCGGUUGUUUCCCCACUAGAUGGCCACCUAGAAUCAAACGUAUUGUUUGUUUGGCUCAAAGAAAAAUGUUUUUUAACAUGUGUUAAUGGUUGUCUUCCAUUAGAGGGCAAUCUGAAAUGAAAUUUCCUUAAUCUAAUAAUUUUAAGGGACACAGGCACUUGGAGAAGCUGUGUAACUGUUUUCACUCCAGUCCCUGUUCAUUUUGUUUUUGUUUUUGUUUGUUUGUUUGUUUGUUUUUGAUAUACAAGAUUUUAAGUAUGUACUUGUAGCCCCGUUCUCAAGAAAUUCAGUUGUUUGAGCUAGCAAAUUGUAUUCAGCUCCUUACCAGAUUGGACCAAUUAAUUCCGUGUAUUUGGAUAGAAUUAUAAGGAAUUAUAAUAAGUACAUACGAGAACACACCUGCCCUCCUGGUAGGUUCUAUUUUAAUAAAAAGACUUUGACAUGUGCUAAAUAAAUAUAAUAUAAAUGCUCUAAAUAUGAUAUCAGCCAAUGUAAAUCAGUGGCUCACUGCCUGCACAGUUAAAAUGUAAUGAUUUUCACGUGCCCAGCUGUUGGGAGUCUAAACUGGAGUGGACACAGGGUGUGUAGCUUUUCUGUUUGUCUUGGCUGUUAAUAUUUUGUUAUUUAUUAUUUUUACAGGAUUUCACCUUAUCUGUAACUUAGUUUCUGACUGUAAGAUGUCCCCGGACUGCUUACCUGACUUUAACCCACAUUAAGCUAAUGGAGGGGUGUGGUCUGUGUCUGUCAUGAGUGACCUAGCCCCUUCCACUUUAUAAGCUUUUCAAAAUAGGAAUGUUUUGAAUAAGGCAGUUUAUCGAAGUGUGCGAUUUCUGUGUUCUUGCAGGUCUGCUUUUGUAGUGGAUCAUUGCAAGGUUUUUAACCACUGUGAAUAAAGUUCAGCUGUUUGUACUGAGCUUGAUACUA